AUGGCUUCAUCAGCUGGUACCAACGAGGAUCGUCAGGCGAGACAGAGGAAGCCGAGCACGUCGGCGCCUAUUACUGAUUUCCAGGGACCUGUGGGACCUGCUGGUAUUUCGAGGCCAAAGCACAAGAGAACUGUGACGGGCUUCGCACCACAAGAGAUCAAGAGCAUUGAGGCGAGCAUUCCCGAGGGUCAGAGAGAAGCAUGGAGGAAAUACUCCGCACGCGAGUUCAAGGACAAGGACGAAUUCGACGCCGAAGUUGUCCGACACAUCGAAACCACCCUUGCUAGAUCGUUGUUCAACUGCGAUGAAGCAGCAGCAUACUCUGGAACGGCAUUGGCCUUCCGUGACCGCUUGGUCAUUGAAUGGAACAAGACACAGCAAAACCAGACCUCAGCCGAUCCAAAGCGAGUCUACUACCUCUCGCUUGAGUUCUUGAUGGGCCGAGCACUCGACAAUGCCAUGCUGAACACCGGCAUGAAGGAUGUUGCUGUGGACGGUCUCAAGGACCUUGGCUUCCGCGUGGAGGACAUCAUCACACAAGAGCGUGAUGCUGCUCUCGGUAACGGUGGUCUCGGACGACUUGCUGCCUGCUUCCUCGACUCCCUCGCGACCCUCAACUACCCAGCCUGGGGUUACGCCCUUCGCUACCGAUACGGUAUUUUCAAGCAAGAGAUUGUUGAUGGCUACCAGGUCGAAGUUCCAGACUAUUGGCUUGACUUCAACCCAUGGGAGUUCCCACGUCACGAUGUGACAGUAGACAUCCAGUUCUACGGAAACGUCAGCAAGUACACAGACGACAAGACUGGCAAGCAGGUCAGCGUUUGGGAGAAUGGCGAGAUUGUCACUGCUGUUGCAUACGAUGCUCCCAUUCCAGGAUACGGCACAAAGACAACCAAUAAUCUUCGUCUGUGGUCAAGCAAGGCAUCGCAUGGCGAAUUCGACUUCACCAAGUUCAACUCUGGAGAGUACGAGGCAUCUGUUGCCGACCAGCAGCGUGCAGAGACCAUCUCAUCCGUGCUGUACCCCAACGACAGUCUGGAGAGUGGUAAGGAGCUUCGUCUCAAGCAGCAAUACUUCUGGUGUGCUGCCUCACUCUUCGACAUUGUCCGCCGAUUCAAGAAGUCAAAGAAGGCUUGGAGCGAGUUUCCUAACCAGGUCGCUAUCCAGCUCAACGACACUCACCCGACUCUCGCCAUUCCCGAGCUUCAGCGUAUCCUGAUCGAUCAGGAAGGUCUUGACUGGGAUGAGGCUUGGUCGAUUGUGCAGAAGACUUUCGGCUACACCAACCACACCGUGCUUCCUGAGGCUCUUGAGAAGUGGUCCGUUCCACUUAUCCAGCACUUGCUGCCACGCCACCUCCAAAUCAUCUAUGACAUCAACCUUAACUUCCUGCAGUACGUCGAGCGCAACUUCCCGACGGAGCGUGAGAUGCUCGGCCGCGUGUCGAUCAUCGAGGAGUCGCAGCCAAAGAUGGUCCGCAUGGCAUACUUGGCUGUUAUUGGUAGCCACAAGGUCAACGGUGUCGCUGAGCUGCACUCCGACCUGAUCAAGACCACAAUCUUCAAGGACUUCGUCAAGAUUUACGGCCCAGAUAAGUUCACGAACGUCACAAACGGUAUUACCCCACGAAGAUGGCUUCACCAGGCCAACCCACGCCUUUCCGAGCUUAUCGCUAGCAAGCUUGGCGGCCACGACUUCCUUCGCGACCUCACCCAGCUCCACAAGAUCGAGAACUUCGUCGAUGACAAGGAGUUCCGAAAGGAAUUCCAAGAGAUCAAGUAUGCAAACAAAGUCCGCCUGGCCAAAAUGAUUAAAGAGAUGCACGGUAUUACGGUCAACCCAUCCAGCUUGUUCGACAUUCAGGUCAAACGCAUGCACGAGUACAAGAGACAGCAAUUGAACAUUUUCGGUGUGAUACUCAGAUACCUCGAGCUGAAGGAGAUGUCGGCUGAGGACCGAAAGAAGGUCCAGCCGCGCGUCAGCAUCUUUGGUGGCAAGGCAGCUCCCGGAUACUGGAUGGCCAAGACUGUCAUCCACUUGAUCAACCAGGUCGGAGCUGUGGUCAACAACGACAAGGAGAUCGGUGAUUUGCUCAAGGUGGUCUUCAUCGAGGAUUACAACGUUAGCAAGGCCGAGAUCAUCGUUCCAGGUAGCGAUAUCUCGGAGCACAUCUCCACUGCUGGAACCGAAGCCUCCGGUACUUCGAACAUGAAGUUUGUGCUCAACGGUGGUCUUAUCAUCGGUACCUGCGACGGUGCCAACAUCGAGAUCACCCGCGAGGUUGGCGAGGACAACAUCUUCCUCUUCGGCAACCUUUCAGAGGACGUCGAAGAUCUCCGACACUCGCACAUGUACGGUGACUUCCAGCUCGACCCAAUGCUCGAGCGCGUCUUCGACACCAUCAAGAAGGGCACUUUCGGUGAUGCUGGGCAGUUCUCUGCGCUCGUGAACAGUAUUGUCGAACACGGAGACUACUACCUCGUGUCAGAUGACUUUAAGAGCUACAUCGAUACGCAGAAGUUGAUCGACGAGGCGUACAAGAACCAGGAGGAAUGGUUGACCAAGACGAUUACGUCUGUUGCUAGAAUGGGAUUCUUCAGCAGUGACAGAUGUAUCGACGAGUAUGCCGAGAUGAUCUGGAACGUCGAGCCAGUGAAGCCAGCGCAGCAGAAUGGUGCGUGA